AUGAUUGGUAACGAUAGAACUAAAUCAACUUUACUCGGAGGUGCAUCUGCUACUAAUGCUACACUAUGGCAGCAUCCUUAUGUCGAUGUAUUCAAGCAUUUCAAGAUCUAACCAACAAGCGAUUGGAAAGCUAACAAAAAGCAGGGGGAUGUAGCUGAAAUCUUUGCGAAAGAAAUUGGAAGAAAAGCAUUGAACAUUCAAGGUAGCAUCUCUGCAAAUAACUUUGUACAAAUUCCACAUCCAAGCAGCUUAAUAAAGUCAAUAAACCUCACAGGGAGAUAUAUUUACUUAGAGGUCAAGACUACAAACUAAGGCUCUCCAUUCACCUUCCAUUUUGACUUUGGAAUCGCAGAUAGAGCUCAUAAUGUUAGAAUCUCAAUCAGCAACCUCUUCAAAACUUUCAACACAUCAAACGGAUUUGUAGUCUAAGUACCACUUGAAUUGAGAACUGAGAGAUGGACAGUUGUUCAAGUUGAUUUCCUAGAUAUUUUGUAAAGAUCUCAACUAUUCCCACAAACAUACUCAUGUGAAGGUGCUCAUAGUUUGAAAUCAAUGCUCUUGUGCGCCAAUAUUCAAGUAAGAGGAGUAUAUACUUCUGACAAUGCAUACGAUUACAUUACUCUACCUUCUGAUAUGAGAUUCAAAUUCUCUUUUGACCUCAAUAAAUGGGAAGAGCAUUUUGACUUUACUGAAGUACCGGCGAACCUAGACAAUAAAACAGGCAAAAGCUAGCAUUAAAAGUCUACUCUCCAUCAAACAAGCAGAGCAGUAAAGGGUGAACUCGAGACUGAUUAGUAAAAGAGAGAGAGAGAAGAGGAAAGAAAGAGAAUGUCAAAAGAGAUAGAUAACCUUCUGAAUAGACAAAGGAUUCCUGUAACUGAACAGACAGAUGAAGAUGAGUUUGGAUCAGGAAGGAAACGCCAAUCAAAAGUCGGGAAACUACCAGAUAUUAAUCCAGAUCUAUUCAUGGAAGAACAGAGAAAUGAUCCUUAAGUCCAUGGGUAUAUUAUAGACUCCUAGAAGAGAGAGUAAAGAAAGCAGAUCAUGAAUCUAGCGGGACUUCAAAGCAACAAAACUGAUUAUGUUAGUGGCCAGUAUAUCGGAGUUGACCUCAAAAGAUCUCCUAAGCUAAACUAAGAUCCUAUUCUUGAGUUAAGACAUAUUAUUGGUUACUCUUCUGAUAAAUGCCUAAACUUGAAAUGGUCAAGGUUCUAAAAUGAAAAUGUGGUAAUCUUUACUUCAGGCGGAACUCUUAUUGCAAUGGAUGUUGAUAGCAAUAAUCAAAAGAGAUUCUUCUUCGGUCAUAGUGCUCCUAUCUGUUGCUUCGAUAUCAAUGCUAAUGGUGCAUUAUUAGCUAGCGCACAAGAAGGUAAAAAUUCAAUCAUCAGAAUUUGGGAAUAUCAAACUGGAAGAUGCAUAAGUAUGGUAACUAUGCCUGUAAUUAAUCUUAAAUGCUUGGCAUUCUCUUAUGAUGGAAAGUAUCUGGCUAGUGUAGGUAAAGAUUCACAUAACAAAGAGAUGAUUAUUGUUUGGGAUAUCACAAGAAUUUCUUAGGGCCAAAAACCAGAAAUCGUUGCAAAAUAGACAUCUGAUUUCAAUAUUCUUCAGCUUAAAUUCAGUCCAAUAGAUUCCUCAAGAAUGGCCUCUUGCGGAAAAGAAAACAUUAGAUUCUGGAGAAUUAAAGACAAUGGAAGCAUUAGAGGAUCAGCAAUCGUUUUGAAUCAUCAUGCAAGGAAUACAAUAUUCACUUGCUUGGACUAUGAGUAUGGAUUUAGAAGUGUAGAUCCAAAGGAAAAUGAGUCACUAAAAAGAGUUUUUGUAGGAUCAAAGCAUGGCAUGGUAUUCUAAAUCAACUAUCACACUGAAAGUUUAGAUGCUACCUAUUAAACUAACGAUUCAGCGAUUUUUUCAAUUGCAGUGAAUGAAGCUUUCUGCGUCACAGGUAGUGAAGAUACUUACCUAAGAGUUUGGCCUCUUGAUUUUUCAGAGUUCUUUAUGGAAGCUAAACAUGAAGGCACAGUAUGCUCAGUGGAUAUUUCAACUGAUGGCCUGAAAGUUGUUUGUGGAACUCUUUAUGGAAGUUUAGGUAUCCUUGAUAAAUCGAACCAGAAAUAUAGAACAUUACUAAGAUCACACACUUAAUAGAUUUUGAAUAUGGACUUCCACCAUGGAAAGAGAUGCGUAAUUACAGUAAGCAGUGAUAAAACCAUAAGACUGUGGGAUAUUGAGACUUACGAUUAAGUUUAUGAGUUUUCAUCUCCUAUUGAUCAAGCUUUAACAGUGGCAGCUCAUCCAUAUCUACCUCUAUUUUCAUGCGGAUUUGAAUCAGGAGUAAUGAGAGUAUUUGAUAUUGAAAGAACUUGUGUAGCUGAUGAAUUUAGUCAAUUCAACAAUCACCUUCAAAAGCUAGCUUAUUCUCCAAGUGGAGAUUUACUUGUCACAUGCUGUGUUGAUGGUGGAGUAGCUAUUCACAAUCCCAAAAGAUAGCACAUGCCAAUUAAGAUGAUGCAUUUAGAGUUUCCACCUUAAUUUGUUCAUGUAGCUUUCAGCACUUAGGCUUAAAAUCAGAGAUAAGAUUUCCAUGAUGAGAACUAAGAUCCAAAUAACUAUUAAGAUGGAUAAAAUGAAUGCAAAUUUGCAGUAAUGGGUGAAUAUGGAAAUAAUGUCAACAUUUAUGACGCAAACUCUUUCUUUGUAAAGCAUCAAAUUUAAGCUGGUAGUCUUCUAAGAUAGUUUGCUUUUGCUAAUAACAAUAGAGACAUUGUACUUGUCACAACAGAUUGCAAGAUUAAAACAUUUAGUCUUGCCAAAUAUGAAGGCAUUUUCUUGAGAGAAAUUGGUACUGUACACAGAGGCAACAUAAUGUCAAUGAAUAUUUCAAGUAAUAGUGGCUACCUUAUAACUGGAGGAGAAGAUUGCAUGGUUAAGGUCUGGGACUACGAAGCAUCUAAGACAGUUCCAUUCUUCUUCUAAUCAUUCAUUGGUCAUACUUACCCAGUUAAGAGCUUAAUGUUCUGUCCUCUUGACAAUGGAUUGGUUGUAAGUGCUGGUGAGAGAGACGGAAUUUACUUAUGGAGUUUUUAUGGAGACAUUAAGACUUAAUUCGCUCACUAAAGUAUUGAAGACAAAAUCCAAAUUCAAAAAUCAGGAACAACUUUGAGUGAUUUACAGAACCCUUUAUUCAGAGGCUAGUCUGUUCUUGAGAGACUUAGAACUACCAGAAAGGAGACUAAAAUCUCUAAGGGAGAACAACUCUAAGAUGAUUGCUUCAUUCUUCCUAGUUUCAAAUAAGCUGUGCCGGUUGACCUCCAGUAAUAAGAUCUCGAACAAACAUAAGAGACAUCAUAGCUUUACAUAAAAACAAGGAAAGAAAGAAAUCUUACAUACAAUCACUAUGCAAACUGUACAAACUAAUACGAUAUAGAUCUACAACCCCAUCUGUUGCUAGAUGAAGAAGACAAAAAAGAAAAGUUAGUCGAGCCAACAAUUUUAAAUGGCUACGAUGGAUUUGGUGGUGUUCAUGAUAAUUUAGUUUGGGAUUCCAGUGCUGGAUGGAUGGCUUAUACCCUUCAUAACAAGGUGAUCUUUGAGAACACUAAAAGUAGAGAAUAGACAGUAAUUACUGACAGUACUACUUAACUUUCGACUCUUGUAUUAUCAAAUGAUAGAAAACUUUUGGCAGUCUCAGAGGGAAGACCAAAUAAGUCAGGAAACUCCUUUAUAUUUGUCUACGAUACUCACGAAAGAAGAUAGGUUUAGAAGCUGACAUUCCACUAGAGAGGAGUAUAAACAAUGGCAUUUUCAAAUGACUCUAAGUAUCUUAUUUCGAUUGGAGUAUAAGGUGAAAAUACUCUAGCUAUUUGGGAUCUAUCGCAAGGACUUGUCAUCAAAAGUUCUUUGAUCAGACACUAUGCUAUAAACUGCGUAAAAGUUGACCCCUACAUUGAUGAUGGGCAUCUUCAGUUUAUUACAGUUGGAAACCAAGGAGUAUUUUCAUUCUGGAGACUUGAUUUAGGUAGCUCACAGCUUUAAACUUACGAUGUUGAAGAUGUCCCAUUAGAAUUCCAAUAGACUUACUUUACUGCAGCUUGUUACACUUAAUUCCUAGGACCACCAUUUAAUACUUAUGUAAUAAUGCUCUCAGCAAAUGACGGCUCGAUGACUGCUUAUGACUAAAAGAUCAAUCAAUUUGUUGACUAUGGAAUAAAGAAAUGGUGUAUCAGUGGAGAAAUUGGACAUAUUAGAAGCAAUAAUAACAGUAUAGUUAUUGCAAGCUCAACUGGCACAAUAGCCAGAUAUGGAACUCAUAAUGGUUAAGUCUUCCCUUAAGAUAGCAAAUAAGUACAGGUUCUUAAAGCUGAUUCAUCAGUAAUAUCACUUGCAAUGGAUGAUCUUAAUAAUGAAGGAGUAGCUGGUACCUCUAAUGGAUCACUCUAUUACUUGAACUUUAAUGAAAAGCUUUUGAUAAGAAUUGUUUCCAAAGCUUAUCACCUUUAAAAAGAAGUUUCAAUUUUAAGAGUCUGUGAGAAAAACCCUAAUCUUGUUUUGAGUAACUGUUCUGAAACUGGAAGUACUGUGAAACUGUGGACUACCACAACCAUAGAUCAAGUAAUGAAGUUUAAUUCACCAACUUAAAGCCCAGUAGCAUUCAUUCUACCUAGCGUAAACACUGCUAAGUUUACAUUAAUUGGACAUUAAUCUGGACUUUUGAGACUAAUUGAUUUAGAAACCUUGAAAGUUGAGAGCACAUUCUAACUAAAGAUAGAUACAGCACAGUCGGAGGUUCUUACUGCUGCAGUUUUCAAUCCAAAUGGAGUUAAUUUCGCAAUCGGUACUACACUUGGAGCAAUAUUCUUUGGUUCGCUUAAAGCUGAUGGACAGGGUAAACCGAAGCUUGUCCUUGGGAAGGCAGAAAACUUCCUUAAGACAUAGAACUCAAUAACAUCUUUACAAUUCUCAGUAUUUGAUCCAAUUGGAUCAUUCUUAGUUGCCUUCGAUAAUGGCUCAAUCAAGACUUGGCAGAGCUCAAUUAAAAAUGAACAAUUCAUGAAGCUAAUGGAAAUUCAGCAACAAUCGAAUGGCUAAUUAGCAACAAGCGGGUUGGUACCUGAAUUUGAUAUGAGUGAUUGCGGGUAUUAGCAAUUUGAUUUGAUUGAUUCUUUUGAUAUGUUUGAAAAUCCCCAUGGUCUUGAUGAACUAGGAGAAGAAGACAAAGCAUAACUCAAGCUUUUGUAUACAGUAAGUUUUGAUUAGUUUUAAUAUGGGUAAUAGAAUAAGAAAUAUAAGGAAUGUGAGGCUAGAUUUGCCCCAGGAAAAUCAUCUGUUGAUAUUUACUAUGCUUUUGUUUCUUCAUUGCAAUAUAUCUAUGUGAGAAACUACGCUCAAAACACUAUUGUCAAGAGAGUCUCACUAUUACACUUCCCAACAAGCUUUGCUCUUGUCGAUUACAAUUCCCUUUUGAUUUCUGAAGAUGAGAUUAAUAACCCAAGACUAGGAGGGGAAUAAGCCCUUGCUUGUGUUGGUACCAAAGAAGGUAAAAUACUGAUAAUCAAGAUCGCUUCUACCGGCUACACAAAAUUGGCAGAAACUAAGGGAGGAUUGAGCUUAGGAGCAAUAACAGCAGUUGAUGUGUCACUUCACAGUGAUAAAAUCCUAGCUGCAACUCAGAGUGGAGAGAUAUUUACUGUUGAUAUCUUGACUAAUGUCCAGUGA